CCCCCCGUUAAGCCUAAACGGCAGCCUGGCCAGAGUAAGCGGUCCUUCUCUGACCUUCGUAUGGCUACCAGGAUCCUGGAGCGCUACGGUGGCCAGAAUGACCCUCAGUUAUCUGAGAGGCAUUCUCAGACGCUCGAGUGGGCCAGGAAGGUGGUCAGAGGAGCAGAGGAGGGCAGCGGAAAGGGAGUGGAAGCGAGCGCUCCACACCCGGGCUCGGGAGUAAAAAGGCAACGCUCCCAGGAGGAGGACGUCUCCAAAGAGAAGAGACCCAAGAUUGGUGGUGGCCCACCAAAAUCGUUUAGCGAAGUCGCUAAGCAGGCGGGCUCCAUCAUUCUCGGGGUGAUGGACAGCGGUAGAGAAGACGGCGCUAUCUCUAGGGAGGAGUGGAAGAGGGUAGCGUCCGCCAUCUCUGCCGUAUUCAUGAAGGUGGUGAGGGAAAACCCUGGACCACCUCCAAGCUGUGAAAGUGCCGGAUGGCACUACGGUUCCUACAAGAGAAUCGUCUGCGCUGACGAACGGUCAGCUUUGAUGUAUAGGGCGGCAGUAGCCUUGGUGGGAGAGGUAUGGGAGGGAGCCAAGCUGAAGGUAGUGGACAGAAGGGAUCUACCUGUGCGUCCGCGGGCACGUGUCUGGCUCCCCUCCGAACCCUCUGCUUCGAAGGAGAUGGAGGAAAUCCUCCGCUACUGUAACCCCAAACUUCCCACGCACAACUGGAGGGUGGUUAAGGUGGAGAAGACUGAGGGAUCCUAUCGGCAAGCGCUGAUUCUGCUGAAUGCAGAGUCUCUCAGUCCUCUUGCUGAAGCAAAGGGGAUCAUCAACUAUGGCUUCGAGAAGGUAGUCCUUAAGGUCUACCAUACCGAUGCCAGAGGAGAUGCCCCCGCACAUCCGGAAGUGCUGGGAGAAGCAAGGCCCACAGUAGAGGAAGCUCCUGUGGACAUGGAGGUAGAUUCCGUCACGUCGGAGGGUGACAAUGCUUAUGACGUCCGCUCUUUACCGGGGUCCGUCAUAAGCAUCGGGUCGUUCUUCGACAGGGCGGAGGAGGAGAGGCUUCUGGCCUCGGAGAGCGAGGACGCCGUCCUGGAGGUGAUGGAG